CGCACAGCUGUAUUGUAUAAAUAUCCGGAUUCGCUGGGUUAUCCGGACCUGGCCACUUCAGGUCAUCGCUGCUACGAAACGCUAACGCCCCUGGUUAUGUGAGAUAAACGCGAUAGCUCCCCGAUCACUGAGGUCCAUACAAAGCGAGCGGGUUAUUUUUACCAAGCACACCCGUCAAGUAGGUCAAGACAUUCUGUACAACUGCCUCCCUCCCUGUUCCACCCGACAGGACACGCAUAGUUCUACUGUCGACAGAGACCAAAACAUCCCUGAAAUGUCUCUAAGUUGUCGGAAGCUCCUUCGACUACGGACAGUAUUAUGCAUCAUUUUGUCUCUGUCCCUGGUGACGCUGAUCACCUUCCACGCCAGAGAGCCAGUACGAGUAGCCAUAUCCGGUAUUGCGCAGAACCUACCCAGUUUACCUCGUGUAAGUCUUCCCAGAUGGGAGAGACAACGCCAGUUUCUUGAUAACGUGAAUGUGUACAAAAUAACAAAUACUGAUCCUUUGGCAUGGACAAAAAGUGUCCUUCCGCCGCAUCCCUCGGGGAAAUUCAUGAAUAAUAUCAAUCCUAAUUUACGAGAAGUAACAUUUAAGGACACAAAUAUCGCAGUUUUGGGCACAGGCGGAAGAAUCCAAAAUGGCGGCAAAGUAGUGCCGAAAUCUCCGACCCAAUCAAAGCUGGGACGGAAGCGAAUCGUGGUUGUAAAUAACCCAGGAUGGAAUUGGCUCAGAAUGGGAGAAGUGGGAUUAAAGGACUGCCCCGUUGACUGCAUCUUGACCGAUGAUGUGUCCCACAUACAAACGGCUGACGCCCUCAUAUUCUAUGCUGUUGGAUACUACGGAACAAUACCCGUGCGAAAGUUAGGGCAGGUAUGGGUUUUCUUCUCUCUGGAAAGUCCAACCUAUUCCUUGUCCGGGUCUUUCGGACAACCCGGAUGGCAUGGUCAGAUUAACUGGACAAUGACAUACAGAUCGGACUCUGACAUCUGGUAUCCUUAUGGUCGUGUUAAUAGGCGGAAGGAUUUACUUACAAAGAACUACACUGCUCUCGCAGUCAAAAAGACAAAACAAGCGGCUUGGGUGGUGAGCCAUUGUUCGACAUAUAGUAAAAGAGAAGAAUUUGUGCAGAUGCUUAAACAGCACGUCCGUGUUGAUACGUUUGGUGGGUGUGGUACUCUCCCUUGCGGAAAUGAAGGCAGUUAUGAGUGUUUUCAAAUGUUGACUAACGAUUAUAAGUUUUAUAUGUCACUUGAGAACACGAUGUGCUCUGACUAUGUGACGGAGAAACUGUUCCGUACGAUCAUGGCGGCGGAUAUUGUGCCAGUAGUGAGGGGGUCUGCCGAUUAUACUAAAUAUAUGCCCCCCAAGUCGUAUAUAAACGCUGAUGAUUUCAGCACUGUGGCAGAGCUUGGGAAAUAUCUUAAUUACCUCGAUACAAAUACGACAGCAUAUGUUGAGUAUUUACAGUGGAAAAAAUAUUAUUUUGUUGUGGAAAAACCAAAUCCCACUUGUGAGAUUUGCAUGAAGCUCUUAGAACCGGUGAAAUAUAAAAAGGUUUAUGAAGAUGUGUAUUCUUGGUGGACGAAGGAUAUAUGUCAUUCACCCAAACAGAUUGUUUGACGUAAAGUUUAUUUGAGUGAAUUGAUACGAACUAUUAGUUGACAUUUGUUGUAACCUCAACGAAGUGUUGGUCAUGAAAGUCGUCUUGUUAUGACUGAUUGGGAUCAUGGUCUCGCAGGAGAGGCAUUUCACUGUCCAAAAUUGCGUCCUUUAGAUUUUCCAAGGUUCUUUUCAUCAUGAAACCCCUGUGUGGUCUAUGUGCGUCUGCCCGGAGAGGAGGGUUGUGGUUAGAUCCGUGUUGUUCCACAAGACGUUAAAAUGAUGGUACUUGGUCUUUCUCUGCUCGUCUAGCUCAGUGAAAGGACAGGUCGUAAUGUGGUAGAGUAAUGUAUCGAAGUUAAACAACUCCGUUAUGGCAUCUCAGAGGGCUAGAUAUAAAUAUCACAUACAGACAGACAGACAGACAGACAGACGCACACACUCAGGUUUCGUUGAAGGGCAUAGUUUUUUUGUUUCACGUAGCCACCAAAUUCUGAACAUAGAUCGGUCGGUCGGGAGAAAAACAACACAUAAAGACGAAAUUAUCUGAAUAGUGUUUUUUUAUUCUUAUUUACAAUUUCUCGCGUUCUCUGGACUGCUUGUGGCAGCCACUGAGAGUAAUUAUUGUCUACAAUAAAAUGUCCUAAUGACUUAAUUUAGUGCUUGAAUGCAUGAGUUUAUAGAGUUCAUAAAUUAUAAAAGGUUAUCAAAUGAAAAUGACACGACUACGACUGUACAAGGCAUAUGAAGGUCAUACUU